CUCUGCUAGUCUACGCCCAAAUCAUUAAUACAAACAAAUUAUAGAUUGAGAGGCAGCGAAUUUGGCAAAAAUGCCGAGGCGACAAUACUUGGAUGAAAGUGAUGGCAAUCAGUAUGCAGGUGCCUGGGGCUGUGGCAACAACUAUCGCGGCAAUAUGUAUAUAACAAUAACGUUGUGGCUGCUGCUGCUGCAUCUGCUGGUGCUGCCCAUCUAUUUGUAUCUGACUUGGCAUCAUCGAUAUUGGCGUAAGCGUGGCUUGGUUACGGCCAAGCCUAUUACACUGCUGGGCAGCUAUCCGGGCUUGCUGACGCGUCGCAGCAAUCUGGUGGAGGAUGUGCAGCCUAUUUACGACAAGUACAAGCAAAAGCAUCGCGCUGUGGGCGUAUUUCUGACACGGCAACCGCAAAUAUUGCUCCUGGAUCCGGAGCUGGCGCAUGAGGUGCUGGUGCUGAACUUUCGCAGCUACAGAGACUCUAUGCCCAGCUCUUAUAUACCACAUGCUAAGUAUGAGAAAUAUGUCAAGCGUAAUCCGUUCUGGGCUAAGGGCGAUAGCUGGCGUCGCUUGCGUAGCGAGGCGCUGCCAGGACUCAGCUCGAAUCGUCUGAAGCAAGGCUAUGCCAUUUGGCAGCAAAGCGGCCAGAAGCUAACCGACUAUAUGAGCCGACAGCUGGAGCAGAACAACAAUGUGCUCGAAACGCGAGAUCUCUGCCUGCGCUAUGCCGCCGACGUUAUGUGCGACUUUAUUUGGGGCAUAGAGGCGGGCACACUUACUCAAGAUGCAGAGCAAGCUAAUCAGGUGGUUCGCAUGGCCAGCAAGUGGUCCAGCUAUGUAUUCUUAAUGCUCUCCAUAUUCAUGGGCUCCAUUGUGUUGCCCGUUAGUCGCCUGCUGUUGCGCUUUCGCUUUCACCCCAAGGAUACGGACGAGUUCUUCUCACAGCUCACCAGGCAGUCCAUUGAGUUGCGUCUCAAGGCUACGGAUCAAACACAGCGUGCGGAUUAUUUGUCGCAUCUGCUGAAGCUGCGCGAGGAGAAGCAGGCCACCCAUGAUGACCUGGUCGGCCAUGCGCUAACAGUUAUGCUCGAUGGCUAUGAUACGACGGGCACAGCUCUGCUCCAUGCAUUGUAUUACCUAUCGGAAAAUCCUGAUGCACAACAAAAGCUACGCAAUGAAAUUUACAACAGCAUUGAUAUGCACAAAAACAUGAGCUUUGAUCAGCUGUGCGAGUUGCCUUAUCUGGAGCAAGUGGUUUAUGAAAGCUUGCGACUUAGCAGUCUUAUACCACAAUAUACCAAAAUUUGCACGCAAGCCACCAGCAUAAAGCUGACCGAGGAGAAAAGCGUGCAGGUUGAAGAGGGCAUGACUAUUAUGAUACCCAAUUAUCAAUUUCAUCAUGAUGCCAAGUAUUUUCCCAAUCCGGAGGCCUUCAGGCCAGAACGUUUUGACAAUGGCGCUCAUCAUGAGCUCGUGCGCAAGGGCGUGCUGCUGCCCUUUAGCGAUGGACCUAGAAUCUGCAUGGGUCAACGUUUGGCUAUGCUAACACUGAAAACAGCUCUAAUGCGCAUUAUCAGUGAUUAUCAAAUUAUGCGCAGCAAGGAGAAAAUUGUUAUCGCUGGAGAUUCGGGAUUUGGUGUCGUGCUACAGGGCAAUAUCAAUUUGGAGUACCGCCGUUUCUUGAGAUAGGUUCACACAUCAGAUAAUAAAUAAAUAAUAAGCUUA